GACAAAUCAUAUUCACAUGGGACUGCGUGGAUAAAUGUAUAUGUGAUGCCAGCCUCACUGUCAAAUACCUGGUCAUGCCCCGCUUUGUCAUAACCUAUCUUAAUCUACCUAAUUCCUGACUUUGAAUACAACAUCAGCCAGCGGAAUUGCUGCUGGCUUUGACUGAACUGCAAUCAUGGCCAGUGCAGCAGCAGCGGCCGCUCCACUGAGCCCAGAGAUUCGACUUGCCCAAGCAGUCUCAGAACUUUUGGCAGAUCUGUCCGAUGAACAAAGACGUUCUUUCAGAACACAGCAAGAUAAUUUCUCACCCCCGAAGAUCACAGAUGUCAUGAGAGUCGUAGCCGAAAUCGAUAGGGUUGCAGCAGGAAAGCAGAAGGCCCGGCUACGGGCUUUUGGACCCCGAAUGACCAACUUUUUGCAAGCUGUGCAGGAGUUCGCCUCUCUUGGAGACGACGUGCUUGGCGCAUCUGUGUCAUUGCUUUCUGGCAGUGUCUGGUUGAUUGCACGCCUGACUUUCAUGAUGCUUGCGGAGAAGCCUCGCUGGCUGGAGAAGGCAUCGAAAAUGCUUAUGAGCGCUGGCCGCUCCGCACCCCGUCGCAUGGAAAUAAGCUUGUUUUACGCACAGUCUAAGCAACUUCAAUCGUGUCUUCAUGAAUACUUCGUCGUCGUUGUCCAUACAUGCCACUACCUAGUCAAGUCGCUACAAAGCUCGGUCUUUGUAGAAGCUAUAUCCUUCUCCACAGACUCUAAACUGAAAGGUUACGAGUCAGAUCUCGAGCGGUGGACAGCUUCGAUCAAGGAGGAACUGGGUUAUCUCCAAGGCCAACCAGCUCCCCCACAAAUCGGCGCCUUUGCGAACAUCCUUACUAAUUCUGGCAAAUCUAAGUCGCAGCCAAAGAAACUCGCUCACAAUCCUGAAGUCCUCGAAAGACAUUUAACAUACGACUACUUGACCGCAUGGAAGAGGAUACGAAAGUCUGGAAGCACUGGCUUUUUCACUCUUCUCCCUAAGUACCAAAGUUUCAUUAACUGCAAUGACUCUUCUACACUUCUCUACUCAGGCAAGGCAGGAGCAGGAAAGUCGGUCAUACUCGCCAACAUGGUCGAUGAUCUGGUUCAGAGACAAUCUGGAAAUGCUCAAAUCGCCUUUUUCUUUUGUCGUUGGUAUGAUCUUGAUUCCCUACAGGCCCUUACUAUUCUUCACUGCUUAUAUCGACAACUUCUGAAGAACGUUCAAGAUGGGAUCCAGUUUCCCGAAGACCUACAUAUCAAUUCAUUUGAUACCAUAGUGAUAACUAACUUAUUACGCGAUGCGCUGAAACCCAACAAGAAGACAUAUAUAGUCCUUGAUGGGCUUGAUGAAUGUCAAGAAACAGAGCGAAGUAAGGUAAUUGAGGUGCUUCAAAGUCUUCAAACCCACUCAUCUCUCUCAAUUUGUCUCUCGUCAAGACCAGGAGUCUUGAGUCGCGUCGGAUGGGCCGACAUUGACUCGAUCGAAAUUACAGCCGACAAUCCCGAUAUCUCAUCAUAUGUUGACUUGGAAAUAUCACGGCGGUUUAAGUACGGGGAGUUGGUGGUUGGAGAUCCUGCUCUAGGCCUUGAAAUCAGAUCUGCCUUGAUCACAGCUGCGAAUGGGAACUUCCUCUGGGUAAAAAGACAAAUAGAGUUGCUAUGUGAACAAAAUACGGAUUACGAUAUACGUCAAGUACUUGCCGACAUUCUAGAAAGUUCCUCUAACGCUAUAGAUACUGAGGUGUUGCAAAGCAUAUUGCCCACUUCCACUGCACCAGUUGCGCCUUCAGCUUUCACGGACUCAGCAUAUGCGUCCGCAUCCUUCGCGGAUAGGAGCAUCAAGAACACACACGAUAGCCCGGCAAUUGAGGAAUUAUCACGCGGUCUAGAUGGCCAUGCUGUCGACGACUCAGCCACUGAAUACUCCGAUGCAUCAAGCACCACGUUCUCCAGGAAGCGGCUAUACAUAUCAGAGUUAGCAGCAGACCUAUACAAUAGAGUCAGCUCUGCUUCUUUUGACGGGGGUGAAAAGCCUCAAGUGAAUAUAUCUGCUACAUUGCCUAGCCUGCUCAAGGCCUUCGCUUUGAAAAUCGGGUAUGGUGCAACCAGUCAGAUGCACCGAGAUGUGAUGGCCUUUGUUCACAAGCACAGAAGCGAUAUUACCGCCGCCUUUUUGGACAUCUGUCUUAGCCAGAGUGAGGUCGAGCCUGGAGAGGCCAGAGACCAGUCAGGCUCUAUGAGUCUACAAGAGCGUAUGGAUCUCUGGGAGAAAAAUGAAGAUAUGGAGCGAACGUCAGUUGAAGAGGGCUUGGAAAGCCUUGAAAUAUUGGAGCAGGAGGAGGAGGAGGAUAUAUAUGGAGAUGCUGAAAUUUGGGUUGCGGCGUACCGAGAAUUCGCGCCUAAUACCGAAGCUUACUCAUGGCUACUGACCCAACUCCAAAGAGAUAUGAAUUCUGCCCCAACAGAACCAACUACGAUUCAGCUUAUCCGAGAUCAGGUAUUAUCCUCACUUCCAUCGCCUCAUAGGAUCAGCAGAAGCAUAUCGUCUGAGAGUUGUAGCGUGUUGUUUGAGGUUGACUGGGAUAUUCUUGAAUUCUAUGACUCACAAGGGUACUCCAAGCCACCAGACGAAGUACUCCAUGCAGUCAUCACUCUGACUGGAUCUUCCUGUGAUGCACAAGCUUCGAGCUGUGCUCAAUUUUUGGAGCAGACCUGGCCUGUCACGGGGAACCUGAUGCUGCAGCUUAUACGCGACCUACUGAAGCUACCUCCAGGUCAUACACAGUUAUGCCGGCUACCAGAUGGUACAGAACUGACUGGCUGCAUAAUGGAGUCAAAAGUUAUGGUACAAGCAGAUGGGUCGGCGGCUUCCAUCUCUGAGGCUGGAGAGCAGCUUGCUUGGCUGGGGGCUGCUUUAAGAAGUUCGCCACUUCAAAAAGGGCUCACUUACUGCACUCCUUCUAUCAGAUCCAUAUACCAGAGACGUGAAAUGCCACAAACUUCGCUUCUCCAACCUAAUGUCGUCUGUGAAAUCGGAUUCAAUGUGGAACCACUCCCGCAGCCAUUAGAUAUUCCUAACGGUCAUUGCUGGCAUGGGAUCUUCAAGAACCCCAUAAUCGUGAAGGGGUUUCCCAUUCUGACGAAACAUGAGAAGAAUACCGGUCUUGAGAUACCUCUCAACAUCAUGGCAGGCUUAGCUCGAGCUCAGUGUGUUGACCGAUUCAACGACAAGGUUUACAUAAAGGGCUUCUCGACAAUGCUGGUGCCCAUGAAACAAUACAAAAAUGCGGUCUACUGGCACUUGAUCCAUAAAGAAGACGGCAGCCGUAUAUCGUAUCUGGAUGACAAUCGGCAUCGGGACGACGAGGCUGGGUCCUUAGAUCUCACAAAUUGUCGACACAUUCUCGGGUGGUGUUCUGAGGCCAAGUUCUAUGCUGGAUCGGCUCAAGCACAGUACCAUAUUAGACAUUCAGAGCUUCCUAAGCCACACUCGCAAUGUGCUCUUGCUGGCACCAUCAUAACUUUAGGAAUAAUGAUUACAGGAGGCCCCAGCUUCGAACUCGGUAUCAAGGACACCCCAGUACAUGUGGCUCGUCAUGGAUAUAUCCCGAGACUCAAAUGGAUCUCGUCAAAAUUCUUUCUUCUUUGGGACGAGAAUGACAAACGUGGGUGGCUAACCAACGGCACGAGCGCUUUGUUACAUGUUGUGAGAGCGGCUUUAGCAUACGACAGCACUGACAAAUUCCAAUCGGCCUUUAUGUUCAAGACUGAUGAUUUACAAGAGUCGCCCAAGCCGUUCACAGUCGAUUCAGCAAUUGAUGUACUUAUCAACCCCAAAAACUUGGCUCUUAAGCUCUAUCCAGAAAAGGACGGCUUUAUCGUCUUGGCAGACAGAAUCGAUCAAUACUACAAUCUGCUGGAAAAGAUGCUCGAUCACCAGACAGACAUCACCAGGCGCAACAGCGGGAAGCUCGAGAAAACGCCACGAAAGUACCUCGAGGGAUGGGAUUUCGAGGACUUGAGCGCGAACCGUGAUCCCUUACAUCCACGCUUAGUCACCCUUGAGCCUGCUGGGAAGGGAUGGGUUGAUUUGACGAGGUCUCUUCAGGCCGUAACAUUGACAGGGCGCGGCUUUGGGGAACUUGUCCGGCCAGUUGGCCCGGCUCUUUGUGAGUACUGGGCUAAUCUACCAAGUCAUCGGUACCUCCUUGCAUGUUGCGUUUCGGAUAUGGAGAACAUCGUUAGAGACCAUCGCAGUUCUAGCGAUAACUACGCUCGGCUAAGUGACGAUCUCAUAUGGCAUAACGCGAUGAACAUCUCAGGAAAAUGCCAAUGUGGCUGUGUUGCUGCACAUCAUGGAGAGCCAGUCCAUGUACUUUUCCCAUCUACGCUAUCUCACAAGCUAUGUACCAGCAAGAGCCCCACGAAUAUCACAGAUAGUGGUGCUGUUGUUUUUGGACACAACUCGGGCUUUCCUUGGACCUGGGGAGAUACUGGUCCUCCUACGCAACAACAACUAGAAGAGGGGUUAACUGUAAGCCAUCUAUCAGACGGGACAGAUAAAGACAGUGGAGUUGGUGCAAGUUUGGUGACCUCCCCAUCUGAGGAUCCUAUCUCGUCAAUACCAAGCUCGAGAAUAUCACGUCCACCAUCGCCACUGAGGAGGUUAUCUGAGACCAGAGCUAUGCCAUUGAGCGCAGGCAAGAAUUAUACACGAAGCCAAUAUACGGUCGGUAUCCUGUGCGCAUUACCGAUCGAGCUGAAGGCAAUACGAGCCCUUUUCGAUCAAAGACACCAGAAUGUAACAAGAGUGCCCGGUGAUAACAAUCAGUAUGCACUUGGGGAGAUGGCGCAGCAUAUGGUGGUAGCCACAUCUCUUCCAGCUGGAGAAUAUGGAACAAACGCAGCUGCGUCAGUUAUAUCAGACAUGAUGCGCAGCUUCCUAUCUAUACAGUUCUGUCUACUCGUUGGCAUCGCUGGUGGUGCACCCUCGGAGGAUAGUGACAUCCGACUUGGCGACGUUGUUGUUAGUUUACCUACCAGCACGUUCCCUGGUGUGAUUCAGUACGAUCUCGGGAAGGAGCAUGAGGGAGGUGACUUUGAGGUGACAGGCGUAUUGCAACGACCGCCUCGCAUCUUGACUAAUGCCAUCAGCAAGCUCCGUUCAGAUCCAGAAAUCGGGCUCGACGCACUGAGCCCAUAUCUUACAACAAUCGUCGAGUCACUACCAGCUUAUGGCAACCCAGGUCAAGAGCUCGACGUACUCUUCCGCGCUGCUUGUGCUCGCAGGAGUUGCAAGUCUGACUGCUCCCAUCUUGAGCAACGCCUCCCACGGUUGACGACGGAGCCUAGGAUUCACUAUGGGCUUGUAGCAUCAGGCAACCGCGUGGUUAAAGAUGCGACUUUACGUGAUCGGCUGUCACGAAAGUAUGGGGUUUUAUGCUUCGAGAUGGAGGCUGCUGGCGUAAUGAAUAGGGCAGAUUGCCUUGUGAUACGAGGAAUAUGCGACUACAGCGAUGCUCAGAAGAACAAGAUCUGGCAGAACUAUGCUGCUGCUGUAGCCGCAGCAUACACUAAGCUUUUGCUUAGUGCGGUAGCGGUUGUAAACGUCCUUUCCGGUAACUAUGUGGAAACAGAUGGUGAGCCUGCGUAUAAGAGGCGAAAGAUCGACAUUGACAAUGAUGGAUGGGAUUAGACAGCGUAUCAAUGCUGACUCCCAGUUGGAAGGCCGUGGACAAAUGACAGGUAUAGAAUUGAUUAAGAGUGUGAUGGUGAUUAACUGGAGGCGAAAGGACCGACAUUUCGUCCCGGGGGUCUGGGUGAUAUCUUAGUACAAGAGCAGGCGACGUAGCGACCACUAUAGAUGCAAGUCGACUGAGCACCAGGAUCUUAGCUGAAUAGGGGAAAGUUCCUUUGAGAAGCGGCCGUUGGAGAAAUUGCAGAGUGUUAUUGAGUAACAUCAAAAGAGGGUUUGCCAUAUCGAGAAGAUGAUGAUGUGCAACCUUUUCUUUCGUGGGAAACCCCAAAUCCUGGACCGUAAACAGGAUCUGCAGAUCUCAAGAUAUUCACUGAAAUUUGAAGUUCUCCACAAGACUCAUUAUGCG